GCAUAGAUAAUCGAGAAGAUUCUAUGUGAAGGUAGAAUUUGAAAAGAAGGAUCCUGAAAAUUGUUUUCAUCUGUGUUUCUCUAUCUAGUUGUGUUGAAAUUGGAAAGAAUGACAGAAGAAAUUUUAUUCUACCCAAGCAGAGACACUGAUUGGAAGAAGUUCCUUACAUUACAUUGAAUCUUAACUUUCUUGGAAGACUUUCAGGGGACCAGAAGUUUGGUAGAGACAAAUGCAGCCUCUUUUCGGUCCUGAAUGUAAUUCUCAGAGCCAAUCAAUCUUUUGGUGACUAGCCAGACAUGAGGGACCAGGACAAAGUAGAUAGGUUACUCAGAGUUGCAACCUGGCUCUAUACACUCAUCAGUUUUGUUGUCUAUUCAACAGAGAUUUAUUUGGUGCCUGCUGAAUUUUAAGCACUAGUCUAGUAUAUAAAACAAAACCCCCUAGCCUCAUGAAACUUACUUUUUAGUAGGGGGGGAUUAAUGGUACACAGCCAAACAAGUAAAUAUAAAUGUCAGGAGGUCAGAAAAGGCCUCUGAAGGAGGAAGGGAGUGAGUCAUGUUCACAAGUUGGGGAAGAACAUUCAAGAAAGGCAGGCCGUAAAUGCUAAGACCUUGAGGCAAGAGCCUGCAUGAUGUUUGAGGAAUAGCAAGGCUGCCAGCAUGGCUGGAGCAGGGUGAACCAGGGGGACGGUAAUAGGAGAUGAGAUCAGAGUCAUGGACUUUGGCUAUUACUUAUAAGUAGGUUGAGGAUCCAUGUUGGAGAGUUGAACAGAAGAGGUACAUGAUUUGACUUAAAUUUCAGAAUGAUUGUCACGUUGAGGAUCGUUUGUAUAUAUGUCGUUUCUUAGUGGGAUACUUUGUGGUAUGGAACGUAGGAAUGAAUCUGGUCACAUUCUGGAUUUAAUUUGAACAAAGUGCUGACAGAAUUUUACUGAUUGUUUGAAUGUGGGAUAUGAGAAAGAAAAAGUUGAGGAUAAUUCUAAAGCUUUUGGCCUCAGUAACUAAAUAAGAUACUUGUCUAACUGCAGGUGCUAUCUACUGAGACGGAGAAGCCUGGUAUAGAAGCAGGUCUGGUUGGGGGAACAUCAGAAAUUUGGUUUGGGUCAUGCUAAAUUUAAGGUGUCUUUUAAACAUUCAAGUGGACCUGGCAUAUAGACAGUUGGUUACGUAAGUCUGGAGUUACCAGGAAAAAGUUCCAAACUUUGAGUCAGGGAGAGGUGGGAGAACCAGCAAAGGAGAUGGAGAAGGACCAGCCAGUGAAGGAGGAGGCAAACCAAGAAAAAGAUGGUUUCUUUCAAGUCAAGUAAAGAGAGUAUUUUAAAGAGGAGAAAAUGAUCAAGUAGGAGAAAUGCUGAUGUGAUUAAAAUAAGGUGAGUUCGGAGAAUUGACUGUUGAAUAUGACAGUGUGGAGACCAUUGGCUACCUCAGCAGGAGCUGUUUGGGUGUGGUGGUGAGAUCAAUAGCCUGGUUGGAUAGGGUUUAGGAGAGAAAGAAGGGCAAGAAUUGGAGACAGUCAAUAUAAAUUGUUUUUUGUGAUAUCCAUAUGCCAAUUAGAAGCCAGGGGUGAUAGAGACUGAAUGUAGCAUCCAUUUUAUCCCCUUUUCCACCAGCUCUAAAAUAGUUGGCUCAGUCACUCUCUGAACUCUGUAAUUGGAAUGAAACUCUGUAAUUGGAAUUGGAUUGGAACUCUGUAAUUGGAACUCUGAUGACUUUUAGAACUUGACUAGGCCAGUUUCUGACUUAUAACCUUGGACGGUUAGUUGCCUCAUUUUUAGGACAAAUGGAUGCUUCAUCUGCAGACAUUAGAAAAGCAUAUCGUAAGCUUUCACUGACUUUGCAUCCAGACAAGAAUAAAGAUGAAAAUGCAGAAACUCAGUUUAGACAAUUGGUGGCCAUUUAUGAAGUUUUGAAGGAUGAUGAACGAAGGCAGAGGUAUGAUGAUAUUCUGAUCAAUGGACUUCCAGAUUGGCGACAGCCUGUAUUCUACUACAGGCGGGUGAGAAAAAUGAGCAAUGCUGAGCUGGCAUUACUUUUGUUCAUUAUUCUCACAGUGGGUCAUUACGCUGUGGUUUGGUCAAUCUACCUGGAAAAACAACUGGAUGAACUGCUUAGUAGAAAAAAGAGAGAAAAGAAAAAAAAGACAGGCGGCAAGAGUGUGGAUGUGUCAAAACUUGGUGCCUCCGAAAAAAAUGAAAGAUUAGUGAUGAAACCACAGUGGCAUGAUUUGCUUCCAUGCAAGCUGGGAAUUUGGUUUUGCCUUACACUAAAAGCAUUGCCUCAUCUAAUCCAGGAUGCCGGGGAGUUUUAUGCUAAAUAUAAAGAAACAAGAUUGAAGAAAAAGGAAGAUGCAUUGAGUCGGGCUGAACUUGAAACACUUCAAAAACAGAAGAAAGUUAAAGUAAAAAAACCAAAACCUGAAUUUCCUGUAUAUACGCCUUUAGAAAGUGCAUAUAUUCAAUCUUAUGAUCAUGGAACUUCUAUAGAAGAAAUUGAGGAACAAAUGGAUGAUUGGCUGGAAAACAGAAACAAAACACAGAAAAAACAGGCACCUGAAUGGACAGAAGAGGACCUCAGCCAGCUGACAAGAAGUAUGGUUAAGUUCCCAGGAGGGACCCCAGGUCGAUGGGAAAAGAUUGCCCACGAAUUGGGUCGAUCGGUGACAGAUGUGACAACCAAAGCCAAGCAACUGAAGGAUUCAGUUACCUGCUCCCCAGGAAUGGUCAGACUCUCCGAACUCAAGUCAACAGCCCAGAAUCUCCGGCCCACCAGGGCCGCCACGGCCUUGCCCGAUGACAUCAUCACCCAGCGAGAAGAUGCACGGCAGGCCGGGGAGGAAGACAAGGAGGACGAGCAGGAGGAGGAAGAUGACGACGAGCAGGAGGCAGUGCUCCCGGAAAGCCGGCCACGGAGGCGGAGGCCGGCCAGGCCGCCUGAGGCGGCAACGAGGGUGGAGCCCGAGGAGAAGUUCAGAGGAAAGAGGCAGAAGGACUUCGAUAUUUCAGAACGAAACGAAUCCAGUGAUGAGGAGAGCCAGAAGAAAGAGAGAGCUCGCGCUGCCGAGGAGCCAUGGACUCAGAGUCAACAGAAGCUUCUGGAAUUAGCAUUACAGCAGUACCCAAAGGGAUCUUCGGACCGCUGGGACAAAAUAGCCAAAUGUGUCCCGUCUAAGAGUAAGGAAGACUGUAUCGCUAGAUACAAGUUGCUGGUUGAACUGGUCCAAAAGAAAAAACAAGCUAAAAGCUGAAUAUUCUGGAAGAUGAUGUUCACCUUCAUUUUCCAAAACGAUUAUUUUAAAAGUCUUAUGCAGAAAUUUGCAUUUUGUACCUCAACCUUUCUAUACGUCAUGUGCCUUAG